UUGUAGCUGAGAGGGUUUCAGUCUGUUCCGUUACGUUGAAGGCACAGGGCACACUUGGACUAACUUUUUAAUCGUUUAACACUUAAAACCGACGCAGGAGUGAAUAUCGGCGGAUUUUAACCUGCAAAACUUAAUCCAUCGCCACCGGGUUGGGGAAUUUUAAUACAUUUCGUCUGCUGGAUUUUUGUUAAUUUAGUUUUUAUUUCAACAAAAGAACUCAAAGAAAAUGGGAGCUCAGUUGUCCAAGGGUGGAGUAGCUGUGGAUGGUAAAGCAGCGGGUGAUUCGGCAUCUGCCAAAACGAAUGGCCAGGAGAACGGCCAUGUCAAGACCAACGGUGAUGUCUCUGCCAAGCCAGACGGCGAAACAGUAGCUGCUGAUGGUAAUGGCACUGCUGAGGUCACCAAGGAGACUGAGGCUGCGGCCGGCGACUCGAUCGAGCCAGCACCCGCACCUGCCGAAGGGGAGACUGAAGCCAAAGCAGAUGGCGAGGCCGCCAAGGAUGGCAAGAAGAAGAAGAAGUUCUCCCUGAAGAACUCCUUCAAGUUCAAGGGCAUCUCCCUGAAGAAGGGUAAGAAGGGCAGCGAGGAGGCCGCUUCACCCACGACCGAAGAGGCCAAGCCAGAGGAGAACGGCCACGCCGCCGAGCCCAGCGCCGAAGCCGAGGCCGCUGCUCCGGCCGCCGAAGCCACAGAGGCUGCCCCCGAGGCAGAGGCCGCCGAGGCCAAGCCUGAAGAGCCCGCCGCCGCCCCCAGCGAGGAGGCCCCACCUAGCGAGGAGCCCGCUGCAGCCGCCGCCGAGGAGACGACGCCCGCCACCGACGCCUCUGAACCUGAGCAGAAGGCGGAGUGAUGGGCGACAGUGGCCCAUUGACAGGACUGUUUUCUGUUUGCUUUUGUUUUUUUUGUUUUCUUUUUUUUCCAUUUGUUUGUUUUUGAUUUUUUUUUGUUUUCUUUUAAUUUUUUUGUUUGUUUACUGUUUGUUUUAGUUUUUACAAUUUCUUCCUCCAAGAUUGAAAUAUAUAAAUAUAUAUAAGAGACUUGUGCCACGCUGAGGGCCGUCUGGCGGAAGAGGAGAGGGCCAAUAGCCACGCGGAUCACCUUUUGACCUCCGACCCCUCACACAUGACUCAGAGGGAACCACGCGGGACAACACUUUUUAACGGAACGCACCAGGAGUAUUGACAGAUUUUCCCCAGACGUACGGAAAAGGCAUCUAUAGAGACAGUGUGGUAGCCCUGGCAUCGGAAAAAGGCAUCUGUAGAGACAGCGUGGUAGCCCUGUAACUCUCAUUUUUUCUUUUCCUUUCUUUUUUUUUUAUGGCCUCCAGGGAUCUUAACCCUGCCAACAGGUGGGGCAUGACAAAGACCCUCCCAUCCCCCCCCAACCUCGCUCCGCAUGAAGUCAAGUAUCUUAAUUCAUUUUUAAAGUUCUACAUUCCUACAUUUUCCACUGAGAAUAUUUCCAGUAUUUAGUCAUGUAUUGAAGGAGGACUCCAGGGAGGGGAGUUGGCUUGAUCUCUCUGUGUUUUUAAGACUCCACUUGGUGUCAGCCAUGUUCACAUGUUAUAACGUUUAUGACGUAGGGGUGUACAAAACGUGAGCCUUGAUUAUUUUUUUCUUUUUGUCUCUGUACAUAACGUUCUGGUUUUAUUUUCUUUUAUUUUGCUAACGUUGAAAUAUGCUUAUGGUUUAAUUGUAACAUUUAAAUAAGGGCAAAUAAAUGUUGGAUCCCCUCAAUUUUC